AAAUUCUCCUUUAGCCAUUCCACAUACCGACCGCGGUCGUUGUGGUCACGGCGAAAACGUCACUCAUGACGUCAUGACUAAUGCUCACGCAAGGCUCACAACGACCCAUCUAAAGAGGUGGGUCAAAGUGAACGUUAAGAAUAAUUCGGCGCAAUUUUUGAAAUUGUUUUUGAAAUAUGAUAUUCAAAGCUUAAAGAUGGCGACAAGAAAAAUAACAUUAUAUGAUUCUGAAAGAGAAAUUGUAGUAGAAGCUAUCGUUUCUGAAGCUGAAGCUGCUCGUGCAGAAAGAGCAUAACCUAACUCAAUAAAUGUAUUUUUUGCAACUGAGCUGUUAAGAAAAAUUAUUAAUCAAAAUUCUGAAGCUUCCGCAUCUGUUGAAGUUGAUCAAGAAUCUAGUGAAUUAUACGAUGAAGACUUCAGAGAGUUUUAUUGGAGAAGAACGACUUGAUAGUGAUAAUCUAACCGAUCUCAACUCUGAAACUCCAGAAUUUGAAGGAGAAACUUCAGUAUACAGGUGGAACUCACUCUGCGUAUUAUUAUUAUUGGAAUUAUACAGGUCUAUGGAAGAAACUCUGAUCAGUGGAAAAAUUUCUCAAAAACAAGUAUGGAAUAAAAUAUCCCAAGAUAUGAAAAAAAAAGGAUACUAUGUGACGGGACCGCAAUGUCAUUCUAAAAUAUUCAAUUAUUCUUCACUUUUAACAUAAAUAAAUUUAAGUCACAAAUAUUAAAACUUAUUGUUUAGGAUUACCUAACCUCCUUAAACUUCUACUAUUUUCAAACUUGCCAUUUGUAAUAUUUACAUGAACGCCCGAAACGCUCCAUAAUCCAUUCCACUUGAGUUAACGACAGUAACAUUCACAAUCAAGUGGAAUGGGGAAAUCAGCGGUCGUGAGCGUGAGCGUUGUGAACGCUUAGUGGAACGCACCCAAUAUAUAUACAUGUGAGUACUGGUGCGUUCGAUUUUACACAGUAAUCACUAUGGCUGCAAUAUAAAGAAAAAGAAUGACUCCGUAGUACACUAAAUUGCCCAAGCGGCACAAAUUUUUUUUUGUUAAUAUUUUGUUAAAUUUAAGUUGACAAUUAUAAAUUUCUAACUUCUUGUUAAAUAAAAUCUCCCAAAAAGCCAACAUUUUUUUUGUGACGCUCUGGUGAAGUCAGAUCUUACAGUGAUCACAGUGUAGAUCGGAACACAUCCAAUUGGAUAUUUAUAGGUAUAACAUCGAUUAUCACCAAUAGUCCAAUAGUAGCAUAAUCUGCAACUAAUAAAUAAACUACAUAAAUGUUUCAAUCUAAAGAUUAACAAGUGAAGUAGAGUGUAGAACUAAAAACACGGCUGUCAGAGUGAUAAUUUUUGUAAAUGUAAUGUACUCUAUUAUCAUAAAUAUAUUCUUAGUAUAGUGUAUUCGUAAAUCAAGUUUAUUAUUUUUAUUAGUUUUUUAAUAUUAUUUUUUUUCAAUUAUUAUUAUGAAAGUUCGAAAAAGUUUUUGUGUUUUAUUUCUAUAUCGAUCGUUUGAUUAUUUUAUAACAAAGUGAUCAGUAAAUUCAGAACUAUCGUAAUAGUAUAUGUGUUAUUGAGAAUAAAUUGGACUCUAAUUUACGGCUACUUAUAUUUCGUUUUAAAUAACCUUUUUUUAAAUACAAAAAAAAAAGUAAAAAAAAUGAGCAAUUAUCAACUAGAAAGUUUAAUCAAAUGGUUAAAUACAUUUGAUCUUGUUGCUGGUCAUUCGUCGCCAGAAGAUCUUAGCGAUGGAGUUGCGAUUUCAGAAGCACUAAACCAAAUUGAUCCUGACUGGUUUAGUACAAGUUGGAAAUCGAAAAUAAAAACAAAUAUUGGAACAAACUGGCGACUUCGAGUAAGCAAUUUAAAAAAAAUUGUCGAAGCCAUCAUGGAGUAUUAUAGUGAAUUUUUGAGUCAACCUUUAUCUGGAUUUAUCAAGCCUAACUCUUCAAAGAUAGGAGAACAUAACGAUUUUGAUGAACUCAAAAAACUCUUACAAUUAGUUCUUGGUUGUGCUAUUAAUUGUACGCAAAAACAACAAUAUAUAACAUCCAUUAUGAAAAUGGAAGAAACAGUCCAACAAGCAAUCAUGCAAAAUAUACAAGAAUUGGAUAAUAGCUUACAUGGUUCACGCCUUAACCUCGGAGCGAGCUUAAACUUUGAUUCAAUCGAUAUUAACAAUGGAUCGAAUCAAAAAUUAUUGGAAGAUUUACAAACAACUAUAGAUUUGAAGGAUCAAUUAGGUCAACGAUGCCACGAGCUUGAUCAACAAUUAUCUUUAUUGCAAGAAGAAAAAGCUUUGCUUAUUUCUGAAAAUAAGAAAUUACAAAAAUAUCUAGAAGAAUCAGAAAAUUCAGAACAUUCAGUUCCAAGUUUGAAAUAUUCAGGGCUACGAAAGCAAAUUGAGUCUUUGAAAGAAGAAAUUUUUAAAAUAGAAACAUCUAGAGAUGACUAUCGAUUGAGGACAGAAUCACUAGAAAAAGAAAUAUUUGAAUUGCAAUCAAAACAAGAAGAACUUCAAAAAGUAGCUGAUGAAGCCAAUACAUUGAAAGAUGAAAUUGAUGCUUUGCGUGAGACUGCUGACAAAGUAGCUAAAUAUGAACUUACUAUUGAUUCAUACAAAAAAAAAUUGGAAGAUAUGAGUGAUUUAAGACGACAACUACGUAUUUUAGAAGAUAAAAGCGCAGAAUAUACGAAAUUAAAAGUAGACUACGAAGAAGAAUUAAAAAAAUCAUCGAUUGCUCGAAAUCAUUUAGAGUUAUGUAAGCAACAAUUGUCAGAAUGUUAUCAUAAGCUCAAUGAACAAAUUACAAAAUAUGAUAAACUUGAAUUUCAAUCGAAAAAAUUGGAAACCGAGUUAAAGUCAAUGCAGCGUGAGAAAGAAAGAUUAAUUGUCGAACGUGAUUAUUUAAAAGAAAGUAAUGAAGAAUUGAAAUAUACACAAUUACAAACGAUUGACAAUGCAAAUCCUACUUCAGUUCAUGCUAUUUCAAAUACCGAUUUAUCAUUUGCUGAAAUGAAAGAAAAAUUAUUGCGUUUAGAAAAUGAAACCAAGCUACUAAAAUUAGAGCAGUUAGGACAUAUUGAAAAAUUACCUAUUGUACAAGCUUUACUUGAUAAUUCUGAAAAAGAAUUGAAUACCUUCAAAAGUCGAAAUGAUGAAGCUAAUCGAUAUAUAAUGGAAUUAGAAACAAAACUAGAACAACUUACUGAGUACCAUAGUGAAAAUACUAAAGCUGAUAACAGCAAUUUGCAACAAAAGAUUUUGCAAUUACAAAAUGAAAGCAAAUUGUAUGUAAUCGACCGUGAUCAAUUAAUUGUACAAUUAGAAGAAAAAGAAGCAGCUAUUCAAGCAUUAAAACAAAAAAUUGUUAAUCUGCAAGAUAAUAUCUUGCAUAAAGAGUUCGAGAUCAAUGCUUUAGAAGAACGAUAUAAAAAAUAUAUUGAAAAGGCAAAAACUGUUAUUAAAAGUAUAGAUCCUCGGCAAAGUAAUUAUCCGUGUGAAAUGUUGUUACUACGUAAUCAAAUAAUUGAAAAACAUCAGAUUAUAGAUAACAUGAAACAAUCUUUGAAUGAAUUUAAAUUACUAAGCGAAAUGGAAGAGAAAUUGAUAAUAUCAGCAUUUUAUCACUUAGGAUUUAUUUGUCAACGAGAGCUAGUAGAUCAACGCCUUCUAAUAUUCAAUUCUACUCAAGGAAAUUCUUUUUUGACUCGUCAACGACAAUUUCCUGUGCGACGAACUAUUAAUUAUUCAAUAUUUAAUUCAAAGUAAAUUUUUAGAACAAUUAAAAAAAUAUAUUUAUGUAUUUAAAAAUAAAAAUCAUUUAUAAUUAGAUUCUUAAGUUAAUUCCACUUGAAUAUAUACAAUUGCUUGAUUAUACUUAUGUAAAAAUAUUUGCAAAAAUUGUAUAUUUUUGAAAAAGAUAAACCAAAAAA